AGACCUCUAUGAAUUGCGACAUGAAGAAAAGGAAGAAGUUAAAAAACAGAUUGAAGCCAUAUAUAUUGAGGCAACCUCUUUGGAGAAAAAAGCCAGAGAAUUGGCAUGUGAUACAAAUUCAAAACAGUAUAUUCUUCGCCACGCACAAACCUUAACAGAAAAAGCAAAUGAGAUGAAAGAAAAGAUAUGCUUAGCAUCAGGGAAAUCAUUCCAAACACCUGAUGAACUACAAAUUGCUAUAAAGCAAUCCAUAGCUUCAAACGAGGAACAAACAUUAAUAGUUGAGAGACUUAAGAGGAACUGUUCAUCCCAUGGCUUAGAAUACAGAGGUCAAACACCAGGGAAUGGGAAUUGUUUUUAUGAAGCAAUCACAUGCCAGCUAGAUAGAAUUGGCGCAGACGUUAUUGCUCCCGAACAAUUAAGAACAAAUGUUGUAAACUACAUAUCAACACAUCCUAGUUUUGAGGGCAGUCAAGGCAUUGUGUUAUUAGAAAACUUCGUUGAAGACAAUUUUCCGGACUACUGUGACAGGAUGUUACAGAAUGGAGAGUACGCAGACCAUGUUGUGGUCAUUGGAAUGUCCAGAAUGCUACAGAGAGACAUAGUUAUUGUCACCAGUUCUCCCAGUACCAAUAAUGAGGAUAGUGUCCUUUGGGUAACUGGUUGUGAUGGUUUUUCCGGUAAUCCUAUUCUUCUUGGGCACAUUUUCGAAAACCACUACCAGUCACUCCAGCCAAAAGGUGACAGUGGCAAACUUGAUCACCACACGAAUGAUAAGCAUGCAACAAAUGAUGAUAACCUUUUUAUUCCUGUUGAUGUGUGCAACGAAGAACUCAGCAACUAUAACAUGACACAUGAUGUUGAAGAUAUGCCAUUCGUAGAGUUUGUGAGAUCCACCUUCAUCAAAAAACGGAAAAAUGGUACUGAUUGCAUUGUUAGACGUUUAAGAAAUGAAGUGGACAACGAAGACGUCAUAACCAAGCAUUUAAUGGAUAUAACAAUCACAGGGAAUUUUAUUCACAGGAAAGCAAAUAAAACCACAUUGCAAUACAGGUGUGAAAGAUGUAAUAAACCAAGAGGAAAAAAAACAGGUCCUUUGAAUACCAGGGCAAAUAAUUGUCAGGCAUAUGUGUCAUUCCAAUUUUUGACCCAUUUGAGUAAAAAAGCAGUAAUAAUUCGGCAACAACUAAAACACAAUGGACACAGUUUACAGAUAAAAGAGGAAAAACACCAAUCUCGCCCAGAUCACAGCUUACUGCUUUAUAUAGAUGCUUUACUUGAUCAGGGGAAAAAACCCAUGGAAAUAUUGUGCAAAGCAUGGAAAUGGGCUAGAGAUCAAGGGCAUUUUGAUGUGCACGAUAGAAGAUACUAUCUGACACCAGUUGACAUUAAGAAUAUAUGUCAACGUUACAAAAUGGAUAAAAGAAUUCACCAGAAUGAUGCUGUAGCUGUACACGAGCUAUGCACACAAAUACUGAAGGAAGAGAUAAUUUUCUACCAAGAAUUGAAAGAGGGAGUACAGCCAUUAGUAAUUAUUUACCAGAAUGAAGCACAAAGAAAAAGAAUGGUGAAACUAGCAGAAAAUGUGGUGUUUUUAGAUGCUACAUAUAAAGGAUUAACUGCCUAUGGUUAUUCAUUCUAUGCUCUUGUUGCAAGAGAUGAACAGCAAGGCCGAGGCACUCCUCUUUCGUACUGUAUCUCGUCAGAUGAUACUGGUGAAGUUGUCAAAAUAUUUCUGAGAUCUCUGAAGACUACAGCUGAAAAUCAUGGAUUUGAUUUCCGUCCAAGAUCUUUUAUGGUAGACAGAGAUACCAAAGAAAUCAGCGCAAUUAAUGAAGUAUUCCCAAACAGCUCUGUUUUACUUUGCUGGUUUCAUGUUUUACAGGCUGUGUACAGAUUUUUGAAUAAAAAAGAAUCUGGUGUAUCAGGACCCAUGCACGCACAUACCAGAAAAAAAGUUAUUGACUAUAUUAGAACUAUGAAAAUAUGUACCAAGAAAGAAGACUUUUCUCAAAAAGUUAAAAUGUUGCAAGAGAAAAUGCCUUCCAAACAAAUAGCAGACUACUUGUUAGACAACUGGUGUACUGACAAGUGGGGAUGUCGAUGGGCCAACUAUGGAAGACAUUUUUUUCAUGAAGAUCAAGAUACAAAUAACUUAGUUGAAAGGUUUUUCCUGGGCAUGAAAUACCAUUUCCUUGGUGGGUAUGCCAAUAGCAGAGUAGAGGACUUACUACUCCUUCUCCAUGGAAAUGUAACUAUGUUUUAUGACUAUCUGGAUGAACUCGCAAAGAUUGGUCGCCUGAAAAAUAUGGGAGGACAAAGAGGAGACAAAAGUAAAUUGACAGCAGAGAAUAUGCUCAAGGCAGGACUCGACCAAACUGUGCAAUGGACUUCAUCCACAGAAUGCACUGUUCCAUCACAGACAGCAUUUUGGACGAUUUAUAAUGUGGACAUUGUCAAUGAAGUGUGCAAUUGUCCAGCAGCAACAACAAGAGGAAUGUGUAAGCAUGUUCAUUUAGCUGAAUUGAUUGCUUCUAAAAGGAACAUCGACCUUACUGUAGAGCGCAGAUCAGAAGCAAUGGAUGUAUUAAAUGCAGAACAAUAUUUUUAUGACAGAGAUAACAACCAGGUAGAGGUUUUGUCAAGAUUGGGAAAUGUAUCAGUUGUUAAUUUGACCUCUUUCAAAUGUACAUGUUUUGCCAAUAGCCAUGGUAAACAUUGUGUUUGUGUGAUGGUAGCAAAACUGGUAGUUCCAUCACCUGACAUAGAGUCUACCUCAAUUGAUGAAACAAAACAACAAUUAAUUGAAGACAAAGAAACAACCGACCAGGCUAUUAAAAGAAAAAUUGAGGAAAUCAAUUUAUAUGUAAACAAUAAAAAUUUCCAGACAAUUGACGUGAAAAAAAAGAAAGCUAUUUGUCAAGCACUCACAACGGCAUUACAUAUUUGUAAGACAACCAACUUUUCCAAAACAACAAGAAAGCGAAAGCAGCAACCGCUGUUUCCAAGCAGAAAAUCCAAAAGUCCAAAAACUGAUCAUGACUAUUCAGUAAGCCGAAAGUGUGUUCUGAAAAAACGGGGGCGUAAAGUUAAUGAUGAUGGCAGUUUCAAAUCUACGCACAGAAAGAAAGGAUCCAUUCGUAAACCAUUUCAAUGAAAAAAAUAAUGAAAUAUUAUACUGAUUUUGAAAAACUGCCUUUUCUAGAUAUUCGUUCAAAAAUUGUAUAUGUUACAUAGGUGCUUAAAUGCUUUAAAAGUAGGACAUAUACAGUUUGCUCUUCAAAUGUUUUGCAAAGAUACUGAUGUGAACAAAUGGAUAUAAUUUAAUAUAACAAAUACCUAUUCCUAAUGAUGAUUUUGUCAAGCAGAUAACUUGGCUAAUUAUUACAUUGGACUAGGUCUGUUUGUUGUCUCAAGUAGGUUAUAUUUUUUAGGCAAAUGAUCAAAUAUGUUUUAAGUUAAGAUAAUACGUGUCAUGUGUCUAAUAAAUCAUUACCUGGCA